AUGCACCAAUAUACACAAAUUCAAAGCGGAUUGGAUAUGCAUAAUCGGUGCUGCAAUGGGCGCGCCUGGUGUGUUAAGGAUAUAUGCGGCAUCGUCUGUGCAAUAUUUACCUGGUUAUUAAUCCUUUUUGCUGAAUUUGUUGUAAUGCGAGUUAUUCUUUUAUCCAGUCCACAUACCAUUUUUAGUACAAUUAAUAUAGUUGUGUUCCAAGCAUUAGCAUUUCUAGCAUUUGCCUCACAUAUACGCACGAUGCUCUCCGAUCCGGGUGCCGUUCCGCGUGGUAAUGCCACUAAAGAAAUGAUUGAGCAAAUGGGUUAUCGUGAAGGCGAAAUGUUUUUUAAAUGCCCUAAAUGCUGCAGCAUAAAACCAGAUCGUGCUCAUCAUUGUUCAGUUUGUCAACGUUGUAUACGUAAAAUGGAUCAUCAUUGUCCAUGGGUGAAUAAUUGUGUUGGUGAAAAUAAUCAAAAAUACUUUGUCUUGUUUACGUUCUAUAUUGCUUCGAUAUCAGUGCAUGCCAUGUUUCUGGUUAUAACCGAAUUUACAGAGUGCGUGAGGAGUGAGUGGCGACAUUGUUCACCUUACUCUCCGCCCACAACUAUAUUCCUAUUAUUAUUCCUUACAUUUGAAGCGCUUAUGUUCGCUAUAUUUACGAUAAUUAUGCUGGUCACCCAGCUAUCUGCGAUUCUUAAUGAUCAAACUGGAAUCGAGCAACUUAAAAAAGAGGAAGCACGUUGGGCAAAAAAAUCUCGCAUUAAAAGCAUACAAUCUGUCUUCGGAAGAUUUUCACUGGCAUGGUUCUCUCCAUUUACGAAACCCUCCUGUAAAACAAAGUUCAAUUCUCAUUUUUACUCAGUGUAGUGUGUGUACAAAUAAAUUUCCUUUAUUUAUCUCAAUGCAGGGGUAUAUAUAUAUGGAAUAGUUCGAUUGGGACAAUAAUAACAAAUAUGACUAAUAUACCCCGUGAUGCAGCAAUAAUUAUAUGUACUAUACAUGUAUAUUUAUAUUUAUCUUUAUAUUUACAUUUAUAUAUGUAUAUAUUUUUUAAAAUGUUAUCUUCUAAUCGUUUUCCUUCUUACCGAUUGUAAUAAAUCAAUUUUUCGUUAGUUCAUCUGUGGUAUUUCAUGUCGCUACACUGGCACAUGCAGUACACGUACUUGAGUGGCUUUAUCGAUCAAAAUUUUUAGGUGCGAAUGCUUAGAGCAGAAAUGGGUCUUUUACUAUUUCUGCUGAAGAAAUUUAUUGAUUUUGAAGGUUUCUCGUAUGUACAUGUAUGUUACUUAUUAGCAUUAAGGGAAAUGUUGCAAAUACACUUAAAACGUUUAUCGAACAAAACAAAGAAAUAACA